AUGAGGGGAUUCCUGAGAGCUGCGGGCACCUUCUGCCUCCUUGCCCAUUCAACAAACGCCAUUGAAUUGACACUGGACAAUGCCGCAUCGGUAAAUUCAGCUGCUAGCACAAUAGCAUUUGGGCUGAUGAAGUAUUAUACCGGAAACAAUACGGGCGAUGUCCCGGGAAACCUCCCGGAUCCGUACUUCUGGUGGGAAGCCGGGGCCAUGUUUGGGACCCUCAUCGACUACUGGUCCCUGACCGGAGACACGACAUAUAACAAGGUUAUCACACAGGCCAUGCUCCAUCAGGUCGGUGAUGACCGAGACUUCAUGCCCAAAAACCAGACACGAACCGAGGGCAACGACGAUCAAGGGUUCUGGGCCUUAGCCGCCAUGUCCGCCGCCGAGAACAACUUCCCGAACCCUCCUGCGGACCAACCCCAAUGGCUCGCUCUUGCGCAGGCAGUCUUCAACCAGUACGCCACUCGGUGGGACCCGGAGACUUGCAACGGUGGGCUGCGGUGGCAGAUUUUUACUUUCAACAAUGGCUUCAAUUACAAAAACUCCAUUUCCAAUGGAUGCUUCUUCAAUCUUGCCUCGCGGCUCGCCCGGUAUACUGGCAACCAGACAUACGCCGAGUGGGCCGAGAAGGUCUUCGAUUGGGAAGUCGAGGUGGGGUUGAUCACUCCCGAUUUCAAGAUCUACGAUGGUGCCUCGGUGACGGGCAAGGACAAUUGCACCCAUCUGGACACGAUCCAGUGGACCUACAAUGCCGGUAUCUUCCUCCACGGAGCUGCCGUCAUGUACAACGUCACCGAAGGAUCCGAUGUCUGGAGGGGCCGGGUACAGGGCAUCCUCGACACCACCAAGGGGCGGUUCUUCAACAACAGCGGCAUCGCCGCCGAGCGGGCGUGCGAGAGCGUGGGGCGCUGCGACGUCGACCAGCAGAGCUUCAAGGGAUACCUGCUCCGGUGGAUGGCGCGCACGACGCAGAUGGCCCCCUUCACGUUCGACGCCAUCAGCUCCCUGAUCCGGACGAGCGCUGCGGCGGCGGCCCAGUCGUGCACGGGAUCCCCCGCGCAGGGCUUCAGCGGCCGGCCGGGGACGGCGUGCGGCACGAGGUGGGACGUCGGGUCCUUCGACGGCGCCGUCGGCGUGGGCCAGCAGAUGAACGCCCUGUCCGCCGUCAUGUACACGCUCGUCGGCAAGGGCGUCGCCGCCCCCGUCACGGCGACGACCGGCGGCACCUCCAAGGGCGACGUCAAUGCCGGCACCCAGACCACCUCGCCCAUCACGCAGCUGGCGCCCAUCACGGUGGGCGACCGCGUCGCGGCUGGCUUCUUGACUACGGCUAUCGUCUUGAGCAUCGUUGGAGGGAGCCUGUUCGUGAUGAAGUAG